UGUCACAUUUUGUAUUUUGUUUUGAUUUGAUGUUCAAUUUGAUUUAAUGGCAACCGUAAAAAUUAUAGAAUUAGACGAAACAAAUACAUGUAAAAUAUGCGACAACGCCUUAGCUAAAUACUCGUGCCCCAAAUGCAAUAUAUUGUAUUGUUCCUUAGAGUGUUACCAGUCGAGCGCUCACCUCGAAUGCAGCGAAAGCUUUUACAAAGACAAUAUCAUAGAAGAGCUCAACAUCGACAAAGACAACAAUGAAUCCAAGCAGAAGAUGCUCGACAUCCUGCAGAGGGUGCACGCCGACAACCAGAUACUGUUCAGCGACAACGAGGACGAAUUCGGCGAGUGCUCGGGCUUCACUCUCGACGACGAUUUCCUGAACUUUUGCUCCGGGCAGGACGAUGAGCAGGAGAUCGAUUCCGAUGACGAUGCGGAUUUGCUGGACAUUGGCGACCGAUUGGCCGGGGUGAAUUUGGACGACGCGGAGCAAGUUUGGGGAAAACUCACGGAGGACGAAAAGCAAGAAUUUGUAGCCUUUCUAAAGUCGGAGGACGUAGCCAAUUUGAUACCUUCGUGGAAACCCUGGUGGCUGUAUUACAACAAAAUGGUCGAGGAAGUCGAAUCGGCCGACGAAUUUAAGAAAGAUUGUCCGGAAAUUUGUAAAAUUAAAGAAUUCUCAGAAUUGACUUCUAAAGUCCCAGACGAAUCUGUACAAUACAAUUUAAUAAACGUGUUAGCGGCUUACGCUUUUACCACUCGGUACUUCAACGGGGAGCACUACGACUUCGCGUACGAGGCCGUCAGUUGCUUGGGCACCAUAUCGUUAGCCUUGAAAGUAGGGCAAGUUUUUACGGACUUCGAAUCGGCUGUGAUGUCAGUAGAGCAAGAAUGCAUAAAUAGCGAUUGGAUAAUGAGCGACAACGAAAACAUACAAACGAUGAGAGAAGACAUCGAAAAAAUACUGAAAGGCCCCGGCAAAAGCGACCCAAAAUACUACGUUUUGUGCGCCUUAUCGGACGUGAAGAAUUUGCUGAAGACCUCCGCGGAGGCGCCACCGAAGAGCGGCGAGACCUCGGGCGCUUUCUCCAAGCAGUUCCCCAACGAGCACUUUCCUUCUGUUAAAUUCAUGGAGCCGCAGCAGAUUAAGAGUUGCGUGAAAAAAAUGGAUUUCUUCUUGUCCUACACCAAGGAGUAUUUUAAUUCUUGAAUUCACCCGCUUGUUCGAAUUGUAAUUUUUUAUCGGAA